AGCAAGUCCCAAUCUAUGUCACAUAGUCACGCAUCUAAGUAAGAAUAGCACUCGAAGUUCAUCAUAACGUCGAACAUUCGAUAAUGUCCAACACCAUCGCCCUGUACCCGCUGUCGAACUUUACCUUUAGCACGAAAGAAGCGCAGCCUGAGGAGGACCCUUCCGUGUCUGCGCGUCUGCAACGCCUUCAGAAUAACUAUGAAGACUUCGGUAUGCGCCGCACCGUCGAGGGAAUUCUUGUUGUGCAUGACCAUGGACAUCCCCAUAUUCUAAUGCUCCAGAUUGCGAACGCGUUCUUCAAGCUCCCCGGUGACUACCUCAAACCAGGCGAGGACGACAUUGAUGGACUCAAACGGCGCCUCGAUGAGCGCCUCGCGCCGCCCGUAGAGUCCAAGCAGUUCAACGCGUCCCAUGGCGUCGACAACGAGUGGGAGAUCGGUGACUGUCUUGCCCAGUGGUGGCGGCCCAAUUUCGAGACAUUUAUGUACCCAUUUGUGCCAGCACACAUCACGAAGCCAAAAGAGUGCAAAAAACUCUUCCUAGUCCAGAUGCCUGAGCGAAAGGUCCUCGCGGUUCCGAAAAACAUGAAGCUCCUCGCGAUACCCUUGUUUGAGCUGUAUGAUAACGCUGCACGAUAUGGUCCCCAGCUCUCCGCGAUCCCGCACCUACUGUCAAGAUAUAACUUCAUUUACCAAUAAAAUCCUGCUCAAAAAGAUGGCCCGCUGUAGCACCUCCCCCUCGAGAGGCACAUCAUGUUCCUUCCGCUGGAGCUAAUCUUGCAGGUCACAAUAUUUGCGUAGGUACAUAGUUCACCAAUGAAUCAUUUAUUCCUAUUGCUGUUGUAGCUCUCGAAACUUUUGUUGCCCAUGUUUUCGUAGUGUAAUUGCGAUGGACUGCCUUUGAAGUAGUUGGCAGCACCUCAAUAUUAAUUUUUCAAUGAAACUCGAGGCGCCGUG